GCCUUUUUGAGGCGUCCGGGACGGCGGGCGGCAGGUUUGGGAGAGCAUCAUUCCCAGACCUUGAGCAAUCUGAACAGUGUGCUACCGAGAGGAAUGUAAGGAAUUGAUCCUUAUACCUUCCUUGCAAUUACUGUUUUGGGAUUAGUACCUCUUCCUUUUUCUGUGGUUUUUAGAUCAAGGAACACCAUGAGCACAACUCAGCGAAAGCGCCGUGGAGGAGCAGUAAACUCCAGGCAAGCUCGGAAACGGAACAGGCUAGUGGCUUCUACUGCAGAAAUGGCUUCAGAAGCAGAGCCAAUAGAACUUGAAGAAAGUGCUGGUGAAGAAGUAGUAGAUCUCACGUGUGAAUCUUCUGAUCCUGUUGUCGUUGAUCUAACUCACAAUGAUUCUGUUGUGAUUGUUGAAGAGAAUCAGCGACCAAGGAGAAACCUCAGACUAAGAAGUCAGAGACAGUCAGACAGCUGUGUACUGAGUAGUGAUGAUGAGGAUGAAACAAGAGACAGUGAUGUAUAUGUGACAAAUAAAGUGUCUCGAGAGCUAGGACCACUGCAAGAUGAAACAGCAGGUUCCAAGCCGUCUGGUACUGUCAGCUGUCCCAUUUGCAUGGAUGGCUACUCAGAGAUAGUGCAAAGUGGACGACUGAUUGUGUCAACCAAAUGCGGCCAUGUCUUCUGCAGCCAGUGCCUCCGUGAUUCCCUUCGGAAUGCCAACUCUUGCCCAACCUGCAGGAAGAAACUCAAUCACAGACAAUAUCAUCCCAUCUAUAUAUGAGUACCUCUAUUACUCAGGACAAAGUCAACUGGAUUUUUGGGGGGAAAUAUCAUGUUUUCAGUGCUCUGAAGACUUAGAGCAGCAAGUUGUGCACACAUCCAAAUAAGACUGAUUUUUCUGGAGAAGAACUUGUAACAUAUUGACAGCUUUUUUGUGGUCCAAGCUGCUUCUUGUCCUGUCCCUAGUUAUUAUAUUAAGUUUAGGAUUGUCUCUAAACUGGAACAGCAGCCUACAUUGAAAAGGAAGCAGCUCAUCCACCUCCUUCUACUUUUUUCAUGCUUUAAUAAGAGGGGGUUGAAUAUUUUGUUAUUCUUCAUUCUAAGUUAUUCCCACCCUUGCAUACAGAUGCAGAGUAGUUACCUUUGCAGCUACAGAUGAGCAGCUGGCCCUUCCAUUACACUUUGGUUUUUACCCUGUAAGACUGUGGUGCUUUCUGCUAUACCUUCUUUGCCCAAGAAGAGUAAGUUGUGUAAGGAUGGAUUUUGUCACAAAUCAACACAAAACUGACAGCCAAGGUCAUGCAAUAACAACCUGCCGUUAACCAGCCCUUGGGUGCCUUGAGCAGGAGGCUUCAAUGCGCAGAUAUCUGUGUGAACUCCAUGAGAUCUAAAGUGUGGAGACAAAUUACAGCAUGUACAGUGGGAAAGUGCAUCCUUGAAGGUUUAACUGCUAAGAACUCCUGAACCUGAGCCACAGCACUGAAUUGGUUUGCUGAAAAUUUUUCUACCAUAGUGAAAUGGCCUCUUGGGUUUAACCCCGUUCUUCAGAGCGCUCUCCUGCAAACUCAGGAGAACACUGUCUUCUCUAGGCUUGCUUGCAAUAAAUUAGAAGCCAACUGUGUGCUGUCCCCUUGUCAGCUGAAGACCAAACUACCUACACACCUUCCUCAAGAAAUGGUCAAUCUCUGCUUUAACCCUGUUACAGCAAGAAUGUGGAAUCCCAGCCAAGCUGAUACGAACAAGAUUAUAGGAAUUAAAUACGGAUGAGGUAAUUGAAACCAGUGCAGUAUGAUCCACAUCUGCAGUAGCCCCAAGUGUGACAAGAUUCAAAGUGAAGCUUGGACGUCCUUUGGCAGUUGGUUGAUGCUGACCAUUGAAAGCACCAUUCUGUGCUGCAGUGCAACAUGAUCGUUGGAUGCAUUCAGUCGCUGCUGAUACCUGGUGUGUCUUUGCUAACCUGUCCCUAGGGCUCUGCAGGAAGCCUUCAGUUGAUGUAGCCCUUUUAACUAGCAGACUCAAGUUCUGUACUGAAGAGUGCAGCAGUAAAGAGGUUUAUUUUAGAAUGGUUAGGGAUGUUUCUGGAUGUACUAACACAGUUUUGUUCCCUAAAGACUGGCUGAAGAACUGCAAUACCUUCCCCACCCUGUUUCAGAAGAGCUCUAGAUCAGCUGUUUCCGUAAUAUGCAGUUUUCAUUGUGUCAGUAUGGCAACUGCUUAGCAGUUACACAGGCUGCUCUGUUCUCCCACAGGUGACACAAACUGCAAGCAAGGACUGCAGGAGGCUUAGGACAGUGCAGUGACUACCACAGCUGACAUUUGUGUCCCAAAAAGCAGCCAAUAAAUGUAACAGCUGGAAAGUUUCUUUUAAAGCAUUCAGUGCCUGAGGAGAGGCAGCCCAGCUUGAACACUGUAAAGACACUUCAGGGCUACAGAAAUAGCUUACUAAAGAAGACAAAAGCUGACUGAUGGCCAGUGUUCCUAGAGUGGCUGCUGCAGGAGAGGGAUGGUAAGAAGGGAAUUUAAGGAAUUUGCGCUGGGGGAGAGGGGAGAGUCUUGUAUCCAUGCAUCUUCCACAGUGUUCUAGCCAUAGCCUAAAAUGCCUUUGCACAACUCCCUCUGUGUGAAUAUCACUUGAUAGUUUGUCUCUCAAGAAAUACCUUGAACUGAAAUUUAGAUAUUGCAACCUAUGAAACAUUGAACAAAACUCUUUAGCUUUUUGUGUACCCUGUGAAGUGCCACACAUUUUGUGCAUCUCAAAUGAAAUUCUGAGUCUCGGUAUAUGGAGAAGUACUGAAUUGCAUUACAGGGGUGGGGGGGGGCUGGGGAGGGGGAAAAAGUCAAGAAGGCCCAGUAUAGUUGAUUUCCAGUGAUGCUUCAUGUUGGCAAGACCUGGUAAAGAAUAUACAGAUGUCUUUUCUGUUCUGUACAUGUAUGUCUUGUAUAGAGUCCCAUUUUCCCUUUAUUUAAUUGUAUUCAUGUCUGUCUGUCCCAUUUCUCCUGGCCUUUACUGGUACUCAAAGAGUUCUUUUACCAGCUUGAAAUAAAGUUUAUCAGUUUGAUCAA